AUGAGUACUGUGGGAACUCCCCACAAGAGGGGGCAUGCCCGCUCUCGGUCCAGUGUGGCGGGCGAGGAGACUCCCAUUCUCCAGGGCUGGCUUGCGAGGGAGUCGGGGGUGGUCAGCGCGCUGCUGAACAAGCGGUUUGGAGCCCUGUACCCAACGGCGCUGGUGACCUACAGGAAGGAGACUGACGAGGCAAGCAGCGGGGGUAUGACCCCGUCCAAGGUCUGGUCCCUGAGCCGGGACGUCUCGCUCACCCCAGUGGACCGCCACACCUUCAAGCUGCGCCAUGCCAAGACCAGCACGUUGUGGGCGGUUACCGCCAAGGCCUACGAUGCUAAGGACAUGUGGGGCUUCUCAGUCAAGUGGCCCAACUCCGGCAUCAUCGGGCAGGACCACCUGGUGCUGGCGUUUGAGGAGGAAAGAGAGGCGGAGCUGUGGCAUCGGGCACUCAGUGACGUAAUUGCCCGCCUCCCCGCCCGCACCGUCUCCGGCGUCGGGGACCUGCACUCCCGCCAGGCCUCUCUGACCUCCGAGGCUGAUGCAGGGGAAGGCUCCCCGCCCCCCAGCCCCAUGAAGAGCGGGCUGGGAGCUGAGCUGGGCGCUGAGCGUGGCGCGGUGGCGACGGGCGCUGAGGGUUCCGCCGCCGCCGCCGCCCUCCCCGCCACGGCGGUGCCGAUGCGUCACGUGCGUGCGGCGUCGGAGGACUCCACGGCGCGCCCGCGCCCGCGCUCCUGGGCCUCGGUCAUGCACAUCAACGGCGUGGCGCUGUUUGUGGAGGACUCGGACGCCGACGGGUCGGGGGGCGCCAUCAUGGUGUCUGCCGUGGUGAAGGCGCCCCCGCACGAUGUCUUCAGACACCUGGUGCACAACCGAAAGACGGAGGGCAAGGACAUCUUCUCGGGUGUCAGGGUUCUGGAGGUCAUCGACGCCACCACCCAGGUCGUGGCCCAGACCUGGAAUGCGUCAGGCAUCGCGAGCAGCUUCCUGGCUCCCAGGGAGAUUGUCCUGCUGCGAACCUUCCGUCGCGACGAGGACGGAACCUACAUCGUCCUGUACCAGUCCACGCGGCACCGCUCCGUGCCCGAGUCGCGGAGCUGGGGCUGGAACGCCCCCGUGCGCGUGGGCGUGCAGGCCGCGGGGUUCACCGUGGCGCCGCUGCUGCCCAAGUACCACACUGAGGGCGAGUCGCGCGAAUGCCUGCUGACCAUGGUGCUCAAGGCCGACUUUGGCGGCGUGGUCAGCGAGCGCUCCCGCCUCGCGCGCUUGUUUGGUCCGCUGGCCGGCGUCGGCCUGCGCGGCCUGCUGGAGCCCGUGGUCAGCUCCGUCAUCGUCCUGCGGGACAAGAAGCGCAGCGCCUCCACGCUGGCCUACCGCCGCGAGCCGCUCCUCCUCGCCCAGCGCGCCGUGGCGGCGGAGCAGCUGUCAAGGCUGUCCAUGCUGCCGCCUGGGGCUGUGCCGGGAGCGCUGGGAUCAGGCCCCUCGGUCUCCGGCCCAAGCAGCACGGGCGCGGCGGCCCCUGCUGCAGACGCUGCGCCGGCGGCCGAGGCGGGCGACGCUGCCGCCGCAGAGAGGGUGGAGGAGGACGCCUGGGCCAUCGGCGGGACCUGCCCCCGCCAGUUCUGGUCCUGCCCCGGCGAUGCAGGGUUCAAGGUGCGUGGCCCGAGUUACCUGGCCGACAAGCGCAAGGUCCCUGCCGGCCCGCCCGUCUUCGAGCUGGUGGCGGUGGACCUGCUGGAGCUGGAGGAGCCCAUGCUGCAUGUCGCGCGGCACCUGCCCUCGGUGCGCAACGCGCCCGCGCCGUUCCUCUUCUGCGUCCAGAUGAUGGUGCCCUGCAAGCCCCCUGUGGCCCUGGUGGCCAGCUGGGCGGCGCCGGUGGCCGUGCUGGACGUGGCAGAGGCCGACCUCGUCGCGGCCUACGAGGCGCACAGCGGCAAGCUGACGCCAGGGGACGCGGCCUUCCUCAAGGCCCUCGCCGCCUUCAUCAACGGCGAGGGCCCUGAGGCCGAUCGGGCACGCAACAAGCAGUUCAAGCUCAUCCCCCACAUCUCCAAGGGCGCCUGGAUCAUGCAGAAGUCUGUGGGCACGACGCCCGUGAUCCUGGGACAGAAGCUGACUACCAAGUACUUCAAGGGAAGCAAUUACUUUGAGGUGGAUGUAGACAUCGGCGCGAGCUCCGUCGCGGCGUCCAUCACAAACAUGGUGGUUGGGGCGACAAAGUCCUUGACCCUGGACAUGGGCGUCUUGCUAGAGGGACAGACCCCGGCCACACUGCCGGAGCAGCUCCUGGGGACCAUCAGACUCGCGGCACUGGACAUGAAGACCGCCGCCUACUUUGAUGAGGGGGCGGGGCGCAUCAUCCAGCCCGAACAGCUCAAGUAG